CUGGCCCUGCCCUUUCCUUGCCUUUGCCUUGCCUUUGCCUUGCCUUGCUUUGCUUUGUGAGGUGACGUUGGUGCUGCUUUGCGAGGGUUAGCGAGCGACACAACUGGAGCCAUUGAUGCAGUGAGUGAGGCUAAUGCCAGGCUCUCCUCUGGUGAUAUGUGCUGCUGCUGCUUUUGCAACCCGGAAGAUCGUGGUUUAUUGUCCUGGAGCAUAAAGAAGGGUGGAAUUGGGAUUGAAGGCUGUGGACAAGGAGGAGUUUGUCGGGUGGAAGACGGUAGAUGAGCGAGCGAGAGAGAGCGCGAGAGAGAGAAAGAGAGAUUGUAGGGAAAAGGUAUUUCUGUAUUCGAUGCGGUGAUGGCCGUCUUUUUAAUUGGAGGUACGUCGCAGAGGUGUGGAUGAAAUGCAGGUUAAGGGGCUGAACAGUAUUCUGCAACUGCUUCGGAUCUUCACAGCAGAAACUCCGCUUAGGUCUGAUAAUUAGGGUUGAUCGGUGGGGCGUUGGAACGUUUUUAUUGAUGUUGUGUAACGUAUGGAGCCGUGGAAUCAUCCUAUUCGUCCAACGAAGAAUUGGUAGAUUUAUGGUUUUCUCAAGAAGCUCGUCUGGCGGUUCAAAGUGGAGAACACGGACGCAAUCUUGGAGUUGACGUUGGUGUGAUUUACAAUUUUGCGUAUCUAGCUGAAUCCCGAGAUUAUUUAUUUUUUAGUUCCUUGGUUUGGAUUAUUCCUCCAAAGGAGGCCAAACGUAUUAGAGGUUUUAGUGAUAUUUUAUUAACUUCACAUAACUCAGAAGGUAUUUGCAGCACAUGUACAUCAUAAGUCUAGUUCUGCGUGGUCAUAAUUUUUCCCAAUAAACACUCACAUAAAUUUUUGUUAGCACAGACUCAUUCCCAUUGAACAUUAUAGCUAUAGUAUAGUGAGAGUUGGGUAUCAGAAGAAAGUUUCGUCCAUGGCAGCUGUUUGGAGAAACGCAGGAAGUCCGGGAGCUCUUGAAUCUGGCAGUAGGUCGGCGCAGGUGGAUGCAAUUCCAGAUGAUGACUCAUGUGAUAUAUGUAUGGGCGAAGAUGGAGCUUGUGAUAUUUGGUUUAGUCCCUGUGGGCAUAAAGCUUGUGCUUCGUGCGUUCAGAAAAUGCGUAUUGCAAAUGUUUAUAAGGCUGAUAAAGGCGUAAGAUGUCCAUUUUGCCGGCAAGUGAUAGAAUCAUAUUUAGAUUCGCCUCCAUCACGUCGUCCAGCUAAUUCUCCUUUUCCACCUGAAUCAGCAUCUUUUACUCUUCUAAUGGGAGGAAAUUCGGAGCAAGGUUCGAAAGCAAUAGCUGACACGUCGGUCAAGAAACCUUAUGGUCGAGGGGGUAUAGUAUCUAUUGGCGGUGGAAAUGAUUAUACACCUCCUAAAGGUGUUACUGGAAGUGAUGGGGGAGGUCUGCGGUUAAGUACACGAACGGAUGAUUUAUUACCUGGUUACAUAGUACCUCCGUUAAAAGAUACAGACGACAUAGUGAGCAUGGCCAUGGAUCGAACGGGUGCUAGACAUUUAGAUUUUAUGUUACGAGAUGGAUACUCGAAGCGUCAUAAAGUUGCAAAACUUUGUCGAGAAAUGCUUACUCCUUUUGCUGCUAAACUAGCCGUUCAUGCUUCUGGAAAUUACGUAUUGCAAAGAAUGUUGGAAUAUGCUGCGACUCACAGGGGAGAAGGUGGUAACUCCGAAAGCUUCUUCACAGCCAUUGUCCGUUCUUUCUGUCAGGAUAGAGGGUUGGUGAUGGCCGCCCAGGAUCAUCGAGGCACAUUUUCUGUCCAAAAGAUGCUGGUGUCAUUAAAAGGUACGGAGGAAGCAAGUUUAGUAGCGACAUGUAUUCGAGGGUCUGUGGUACAACUUGCGCUAGAUCAAUUCGGAGUUUAUGUUUUGGAGCGAUUGGUGGAGGCAAUGAUAACAUCGUUGAACCCUGCACCGGGAAAGAAGCCGCGAAUUCCAUCAAAGAUUGCAAUGAAGACUUUGGCGCAGAUUUGUGAAGAAAUUCACACGGAUCCAGCUUCCUUAGCCAGCAUUGCUAAGCACCAGGUCAUCGUCGACAAUACCGUGUCUGUGUGUGGAAUGAGUGGAAUAAUGCUUGUAGAGUGUAUACGAUGGGCGUUGCCACAAUCUGAGGCGUUGACUGCAGCUCUAAGCCUAGCAAAUAUGUCUGGUGAUCUUAUUGGGUCCAAGCUAUCCCAUCGGACACUGCAGGGUGUGCUUACUCUGGAGGUGAAGGAGGUGGCGGAGCAUGUAAUUCAAGGCCUACAAGGACACUAUGUGGAAUUGGCAUCUGAUACGCUUGGAUUUGGAUUUAAGCUAGUGCGGGCAUGCCUGGCAACUCCUUGUGUUGGAGAAGACAUGCGACUACUUGUUGUAAAUGAACUUCUGGAUGGAUUUAAUCGUUCAGGUGGACACUAUUUUUUAAUCGAGAUUACAGCUGCCUGUGAUACAUUGGCUUUUGGGCUCUGCCUACUCUCUCGCAGGGAUUUGAAUGAACGGUUGGAAAAAUUGAGUAGGAUUCUUGAUCGAGAUAAAUAUAUUCUGUUUCGAGAGCGCGUAGAGAAUAUGCGUAAGCAGUUUUUUAAUGAAACUCCUCCACUCAAUAAUCAGCAUGUUGCUGUUUCUGCUCCCCCAACACCCCCUGUUUCUACAAUUACAAGAGCCCGUUCACUGGACAUUAGUUCAAGAAACUGUGGAAACGACACAGGUUCUAAUUCUUUUUCUGGAAAUUCUCGGGCUUUUCAUGGACAGCCAGUGUCUGACCCAUGGUCUGAAGAAGCUCCAUCAGGUGGUGUGUUCUCGUUGGAGCACAUCGAAAAGCCUUUGGUCAGAGUGGUUUCGAUGCCUCAUGCUCGAUCGUCGACCCCUGGUUCUCGUUUAGCUUCUCCGGAACACCAUAUCUCAGGAGAAUCAUCUAGAGGUGUAGAGAAUAGCACUACUAAUACAAUGGCAUCCUCCAGCAGUGGUUCUUUAGUUGGACGGAGCAGUUGGAACCAAGGUGGGAGUUCCACAUCCACACCUCCCCAUUUGAGAGAUAAGAAUGUGAGUGCAGGCCCCGGUCAGAGUGGCAUCGCCAGCUCGCACUCCCAUCUGCCAUCCUUGGAAGGAAGAUUGGGAUCGUACGCUCCUCUUCAUUUGCGACAUUCUAACUCGUUCAGUGCAACUUCGCCACCCGGUUUGUCAGAGUCAAGGAAUGAGUUAGGGUCUCCUACUAGCGGAGAGUUUGGGAAUGGAAGCCUUACAGGGAACUCCCCUCGCGGUUCUAGUGAUGGGCACAGUUUACUUCCUUACGGAAGUUCAGAUUUCCUGGACUACAUCUCAGACCCUGUGGAGUCUCCAACAGCUGCUGUUCCGAAGAAUGCCAGUGAGCAGGACUUGCAGACUGAAUCAGUGAAGUCUACAGGGAGCCAGCGACAACCUGGCAUUUGUGCUGUGUGCAAUCGAGAUGCAGCAAAUACGGUUUUGUUGAACUGCUCACAUAUGUGCUGCUGCACGGUGUGUUCAAGGGCCGUAAAACUAUGUCCCAUCUGCAAUAAUAAGGUAUCCAGCGUGAUAGACAUUCGACUGGUGGGAACGUUACCCAGUUCAUCAUUACCUACCCAAAACGGAGCGUCUAAUGCAUGGGACAGGUCUGCUUUGACAAACUCCGUGUCAUCGAUUUCAAGCAACUUGGUGGAUAUUUACAACGGGGCAGUACAGUUUCGAGAAGGCACGUCGCGUCCUUCCUCUUCAAGUUCACAAUAUCACGCUGGUGACCCAGCAGGAUUCGAGGGCAGCGCCGUAAAAGUAGGAAAUCAGCACUAUCCAUUCCGGCAGUUUUCACCAGAUCAGCCUCCUCCUGGAAUUCCCGUACCAAAGCAGAGUUCCGCACAGUCGGUGAGUGCCAGCCUUCGCAGCACAAGUCCUAAAACGAUUGCCCCAACGAAUGUGACCACUUCUGGGACUGCUGGUAGACCCCUUUUUCUUCCUUCUGAUUUCUUUUCAUCUGGGAUGAGUGUGAAUGGUACGGCGACAUCCAAUUUCCCAUCCCUGACAACGACUGCCUCUAGUUUUAAUCAGCAUUUGGUUCCUCUGAGUCCUGGAAGCAGCGCAUCGACCACCGCCAAUGGAUCUGCCGUGAACUUGCCAGGGGUAGGAGCCUUGACUUCUUCGACCCCACAACGUCGUGUGCCUGCUCCAUACCGACCACCUGGAUUGUAUCGGCCUCCGGACCUAUUCGCGCGUCCAGCGCCUGCUGCAGUAGCACAAACCAAUAACAGCUCAGUUAUGUCUGACUUUGCAAAUAUGGUUCCUUCUCAAUGGAGGACAUACCAGUAAUAAUGCCAGUGAGGGUUUGGAACUCACUCGUGAUUCAAAUGGCAAAUGAGAAGAGAAAUAUCGUAACCUCUACGAUGAGGAUUAGGCUGUCUAUUCAGAGUGGGCCUAUUUCACGGAUUCUGAUAAUAAUCACAAUCAUAAGCACCGUGGCCAUGGAAGAUGCAUAAGGCCAGGCGAUAGGUACAAAAGAGUUGACAAUUAUGAGUAGUGAUUGCAAAAAGCUAGAGUGUAGCACGACUUCUUUAGGGUUAGAUGAUGGUCAAGCUCAUGGACAUAUUUCUGAGAUGUUCGUGAGCAUCUCAACUCACUUAAUAGAAGGGAGUAGCUUAUUGAGAUUAGCGUCGGUUGAUGGGAUUUUAGCACAAUUGUGUAUGUAGAUCUUCUUUACCUGGCGUUCUGUAAUAGACCUACAUAUAAGUAUUGGUUUUUUUAUUUUUAUUUUUUAUUUUUUUUAAUAUAUAUCUCUGUCCAAUUU